GGGUUUUCGGGUUCGGUUUAUUUGCCCAGCCCUAAACCUCUGGAUAGCCAUCUAACUUUUAUCACUGUUUAGUAUGCACUUUUCGAAAUUUUUUGAUUAGUAUACAAAUACUAUGAUUUGUGAAAAAAAAAUAUACAAAUACUAUGAUUUUAUAAAUAAAGUUAAACCAUCAGUGAGUCCAUCACUCAAAUAGCUCAAGAAGGCCCAAAACAUACUUGUGGAUCUUCUUAGAGUAGAUAUUAAUAUUAUUUAAAGCCUUCCCGCCUCAAAACAUGAAUCAGUACGUCCAUCUGAUUGGCCACAGUAUGUCAACCUGACUCACUGAUAGAGUACUUUCUUUCAUUUGUGGAAUGAUUUUGAGAGUUUUUUUUUUUUUUUUGAAGAAGAAGCUAUAUGCUGUAAUGAUAUUCCUAAAGAUAUCACAAAGAGUAUUAUAAAGAUGUCAUUGGAAGGUCCUUCAUAACUGCUGGCAACGAAAUAUGUCAAGGAACAUUUAAUAAUCUCUUUAGUUAUAGGAUUUUGGUGUAUUUUUAUAUCUCUAUUUUAUGUGCUCUAGAUUUAAAGAUCUUAUCAUGCAAAGCACAAUCCUUGAUGAGUUUGACGGAAUAAACUUCGGCUGUUGCAAAGAUUUAUGGAUAUACAUGGGCGCAUUUAUUAAGUAUAGCAGCCAUAAAUUUGAUAUUCUAUUGUUCAAAUCUCAACAGUUUGCAAAUAAUCAAUUCGAACUAGAUUGUUGAUCCACUGGUUUAUUCGAGAAUAAACUUGCUAAAACUGUAUACUGAAAAACCUGCUCACUCCAGAAUUUAUUCUACACUUGGAUGAUCUGGAAAUCACAUGGUCCUAAUAAAAAAUAGUAACACAUUUUGGCUUAUAUAAGCCAAAAGACCACAAAACGCCGCAAGUUCGUAAAGAAAAAAAAUGUUAUUAACGGUCGAGAUUAGAAUAAAAGUAUAACAACAAUAAGUGGGUGUUCUUAUCAUUCAUGUGAAAGACAAAACAAGGCCAGCUGUAAAACUCGGUUUUCUUUCACUGGUAGUGGUACCACAUAAUGUACAUCUUUGAUAUAUUACGCUUGUAUUUAAUGAAUCAAAGUGAAUUCACAACUAAAAAUAGACAAAACUAGUACUGCUCCACUGUGUUGUAUCUGUUGUACCAGCAUAUAUGGAGAAACACAUGAGCGAGCGACAGAGACAAAUAACAUGUUGCUUCUUUACGAUUCAAAAACGUAACUUGUUGUGAUUGGUUACCUAGCUUUCUUGUUUAAGAACACGAUUCUAAAACGUAAGUAACUAUAUGAGUUUUAAUGAUUGAUUAGUGUGAAAAGAAAAUACUGAAGACACUGUUAUAUUUGGUUCAUUGAUACAAAGAUGUAUAUAUGCACCAUAGGAGAUCUGUAAGAUCAGUGAUAUCUCCUAACUAGUACAUAAUCAAAAGAAUCUUUCUAAAUAUCAAAAGCAACACCAAAUGUACCUACACAAUUAUUUUGUAUGAUUCCUUCGUCAGUCCAUUUAGAAUACGUAUAUUUCAUUAUUGGCAAUUUGUCAUCAAGCGAAAAAUAUAUGGUACACUUGCGUACUAAUUGAGGUUACAAGUAAAUAAGUUUUAAGUUUUUUAGCUAGUGACUAAUUAUCUAUGCCACUUACAUAUUUUAAGACUUUAAAUUUUCAGGUUUGUCCCUUCUAAAAUCUGUUGUGUUAAAGUAGUCGUGAUCUUGAAAUGUAAUAGACAUACUUGUACGCGUGCAGAACAUGCAUUUGAAAAAUCUUACAUGCUAUAUAGUAUAUUAGUAUGUGUAUGUCAUCAAAUCUCAUCGAAAAAUGAUUUGAUCUCACCCCCAAAUAUAUAGAGUUAAAUCAACUUAUAACCAACAACAUACCACACAUGUAACAAAAACUACAAAUAGUUUCCAUUACGAUGGACCAGCUUGCUUUCAAUUCAUUCCAAGAAGUCAAAACGCUUCUGGUUUAGUUAGAUACUCCCCUAUAGUCGGGCAAUCUUAGGAAAUCUCCAAGACAACUUUGUUUGAACCAUUGAUCAACAUUUAUCAGGAUUAAUGUUUCUUAUUUUAAAAAAAGGUUGGGCCUAGCUUACAUCAUAUGGUGUAUCAUUCCAUUAUUAUAUUGUCAAACUAUAAAAGGUUAUAUACACUUUGUGGUAUGGUUGGAAAAACGUUUUAAUGUUUUUAUCUUUCCAGGUCUAAACUUUAAUCAAUAUGUUUUUAAAAACAAUAUAUAUAUAUAUAUAUAUAUAUAUAUAUAUGGCACUCGUCUUAUUUUAACUACGUGCCUUUCUAGUAUAAACGUUAGAUCUUCAUUAAAACUAUACAGAGUAUCAACUUGAUAUAAAGAUUUGUUGUUGGGUGAGGGAGGGUGACCACAAGUUUUUUGUUAGUAUGGUUGCUACUUGCUACCUUAUCAUCUAAGUUAAAAUUCUCAUAACCAACGUUAUUGAUGAUAAGAUAUUUUGCUAUUGGAUAUAAAAAUGAUGCUGAGCCAUUGAUUGGUUUGAUUUGAUUCUAAAAUUGUUGAAAAGCAUGACUGUGCAGAUAAGUAAUUAGAUAUUAUAAACAAACUUUUACUAGAUGUUAAAUGGAAAAGCAGAGAUAAAACAUAGACUAAAAACAAAUGUAUUAAAGUCAACAAAAAGAGUGUCGAUAUAUAUAGAAGAGAAAAGAGGACGUAUGGUAUAGGAAAAUGAGCUUUCUAAAUAGACCAAUGACAAGUAUCGUGUUCAAGCAGAAAGCUGCAAUACUUUUUAAGCCUCCCUAGAGCACGUUCCUUAAUGUUAAGAUGAAUUAAUCUUAUGAAAUGGGGGUACGAUUAUCAGGCCUGACGAUUAUAAUUGUCACAUAUCCCUCCUUGAAUAUUCAGUCCCGGCAUGUGAUGUUGUGUAUAUAGUACAAUGUAUAUUUGGCUUACUAAAAUAAUUUAAAACGCAAAGGUAUUCUAGAUUCUUCCUACAUUAGCCCACAUUGAUUUGCCUUGAGAUUACAUCUCCAUGGAGAGUGGAGACUUAUGCUUCCAUAGUUUCACAAUUAACUUUUAUGUUUACCUAAAACAAUUAGAUUUUAUUUUGCAUAAUGUAUUUAAACUUUUGGGUUUAUUUAGAAAAACAUACAUGUUUUAAAAAAAUCAAAUGAGAUAUAUAAUAACCAAAGAUAUACUUAAUUCGCCACUCGACAGUGAAGAGUAUUGCUUCAAAUACUAGAUACCUUCUCUCUCUUAUAUAACCUCAUCUCUUUUUUUUUUGUUGGAACGUUAACCUCAGUUCAGGUCCGCGUUUCUCUUAUACCUAUGGUUCAAGAACCUCAUUAGUUAGUCUUACUAUUCAUAUCUCUAUGUUUUAAACUAAAUUUUAUAUUAAAAUAAAUAUUAAUUACAGUCUAUAACAUCAAUAUUCCAAAUAUAAAAAAUGCCUAAAUAUUAUUAUUUUUUAAAUACAGCAGGAAUAACAAAUUAUUGUUGGGCUUUAACUUAUGACUUUAGCUUUAUUUAUUUUAAAAGCAUUAAUCCUAACCAAUCAUGAUAUAGCUUUAAUUUUAAAGUUAAAACCUUGUUGCAUAAUCUAUAGCUUUUUUUGUCAUGUUUUACUCUUUUAAUUAAAGUAAUUAUUAAAAUGAUUUAGAAAUUGUACUAUUUUUCUACAGUAAAAAAAUAUAAAGCUACGAAAAUAAAACUACAGCCUAAAUCCUACAGCUACAUUUCUACAUCUAUAGAUCAAACAAUCAUCAUCAUUAUCUUAUCGCCUCACAGUUACUACAUGCUGCUGCAAACUAUUUGGUCAUUAUUAUUGUUAUUGGCUAUAUACCAACAAAAUGAGAUAAUAAAACAUUCAAAGAUCGAUUUCCUCCGGUUAUUUUAGUUCUCGUGUAGUAUAUUUUCAUAUCUUACCACAUACACAAAUAAAGAAUGAAUCUAGACAAUUUAUAUGCAAUAUAUGAAGAUCUAUUUGAUACGGAAGAUUACAUAAAAUUUCCAUAGAAAAAGAUUGUGUAUCGUAACCGUAAGAUUUCAUAACUAUUUUAUAAAUAUUACUUAAAAACGGAUAUCAAUAAUUGUCCAUCCACACCCACAUGCAAAAUUUCAAGAAACAAACAAAUAGUUUCUCACCUCAUUAUCUCACUCACAUGAAUCCAAAUCAUCCUCCAACCUCACAUUUAUUUAACAUUAUACAUAAUAAUUUCCUCAAAGAAAACACAAAAAAUAAAAUUAUAUAUAAAUUUCCUCAAAAGAAAAUCAAAAUAAAAAAAUAACAGAGAGAUAUAUCUCCAUGUAUAUCUCUAUAUAUAUAUCCAAUAAAGACCACCUGUGCAUGAAUGAUAUAACCUUAAAUCUAGAAAAGCCAGAGACUCUCAUAACACAUAACUCAUUAUUCUGAUCUCAGUCUGGUCAUUUUCCACAAACUAAUGAUGCCCUCAUCAUCAUUAGCCACGGAUACCAUCACUAAGCCGUUGUCCUUGCCGACGGUGGAGUCAGUCACGUGUGACACGUGCGGUUUCACAGAAGAGUGCACGCCGGCUUACAUCCACCGCGUCAAAGAACGGUACAAGGGACACUGGCUUUGUGGGCUCUGCGCGGAGGCGGUGAAAGACGAGGUGGUUCGAUCUCCGACUCGAAUCUCCGUCGAGGAAGCUCUCCGCCGCCACACAACGUUCUGCCACCGGUUCCGUUCUUGUAGUCCAGACGAGGAAGAAGAUCCCAUUUCAGUCAUUGGUAGGAUUUUACGGCGGAGCCUCGACGGCUCUCCACGUCGAACCACUAGGACGAGCUCGAGUGGAGCUUUGCCGGGGAUCGACGGCGUAGAGUCGCGACGGUCGCUUCUCCGAACUGGGAGCUGUUUCCCGUCUCUAUCUACUUAAUCAAAUCUGUUAGUUGUAAAGAUCUUUUUUUUUUGUAUUUCCUUAAUUUUCGUUUAAGACUGUUAUUGUAUUUCAUUACAUUUUUAGGUAGGAGAAAGGGUUAGAAUCCGAGGAUUUCCUACGACGUUAGUCUUUCUUCAUAAGUGAGUUAAUAAAAUGGUUAAUGAGCAAAGCUCAGAUUAUGUGAUAUCUAGAUUUGCAGUACUUAAUCAAAUGUAAGUUUUAUAUGUGAUUAAUUGUAUGUUGAGGUUUGUGGCUGGAAUGCCA